AUGAACAAACCACUUGAACUGUAUUCUCUGAAGAAAGAACCCUUGGUAGCCCCAACAAAACGGGCCCAGGCACUCCAGGACAAACUGGUCCACAAGGCAGGACAAAUCCUUGGAACUAACAAAAGCAAAAAAGAAAAGGCAAUAGUUUCGUCUAUAAUAGAAUCCGAUUUCGAACGUGAUAAAUUUGGUAAUCAUGCCGACUCUCACAUUCCCGGUAUGAAUAGUUAUGGAGAAUUCGAUGACGCCCAGGAUUAUCACCAAUGUAAGAAUCUCGAAAACCGAAUCGAGGAACUUAUCUUUAUGGGUCGUCAACAGUACUUAAACUGCGAGCUGCUGGUCCCGCGUGGGCUCAUCUUUCGUAUUGCCCAGGAUGUGCUUCGCAUGUCCCGUAGUGAGCCAUGCGGCAUACGGGGCUGCAUAAUGUUUAUCAGUAUUGAGCAAAAGGCAUGUUGCCAAAAAAUCAACAAAUUGGUCUAUGACCCCGAUUGUACGCCAACCUUCGAAUUGUAUCUCACCUUACGAGAAGACACAAAGGCUUGGGCAAUUGUCAAGAAGUUCUUGUUCCAGUCGGCGUCCGUCAUCUUUGGCACCACCAACAAUGUCUUGCCGAAGUUCUUGUGUUCAGGGUUCCAGCUGGAAAAGAAGAAACUCUAUCGUCCGAACCCACACAGGAUGGAUCCAAAUUCGAAUGUGAAGACCCCUUCACCGUCUAUUAAGUCUGUGGGACAGCUAUAG